AUGGCUGCUGCUGCUAUCAACGGAGGUCGGCGUCCCUUCGUGGAUCUAGUAUUGGUGGUUCCUCAACCUCUUCCAGAUAUGUCUGUGGCUUUUCGUCUGCCGAAGUCUAAGGAUGGAGAAAUUUUUUUCCAGUUCUCUAAGGAGGAAGUCCAACGUUCUGCUGAGCCAUUUCGGUAUUCGAUCGUAUUGAAGUUUUUGAGAAACAGACCAUCUUUGGAUGCCAUUCGGGCCUUCAUUCAUAAGAGAUGGAAUCUUGAUGGAGUUCCAGUCGUCUCCAAUAUGCGGCAUCCUCGGAAUGUUUUUAUUAGAAUGGUUUCAGAAGAAGAUUGCAAUAAGGCUCUGUCUCGUGAAGUUAAUGAUAUAGAUGGAAUUCCUUACCGUCCAUUCCACUGGACUCCAGAAUUUAAAGAAGAAAAAGAACCUUCGCUUGUUCCGGUGUGGAUUGUACUUCCAGGUUUGCCUCCAAAUUACUAUCAUGAAUCUUUCCUUAAAAUUCUUACAGCCCCUAUUGGUAGAUUUAUUAGAAGUGAUAACUCUACUCGUUGUGUUACUCGGACUGAUGGUGCUCGUAUCUGUGUUGAAAUGGAUGUUGCUAAGAAACCGUUACUUUCUUUUUGGAUUGGAAUGCCUGGUUUGGGAACUAGCAGAAAGCAAGAAAUUGUUUAUGAAACGUUGCCAGCGUUCUGUUCUAAAUGCCAUAUACAGGGACAUAAUUUAAAGACUUGCCGUGCUGGGAAAAAAAAUGUAGGAAGUAAUGUGUGGGUUCGGCAACAAGAACCGAUCGUGGAGGAGCCGACAGAUAAGAAUAAUAUUCCAGUUCUUGAAAAUACAGACGUUGAGCCAAAAGAACCAGCUGAGAAGGAUCGGGUGUUAGUUGUUCAAGCGGAUAAUCUUGAUCAUGCGGAGUUGGAAUCGGAAAAGGAUCAAGAGGAUAAUCUUGAGAUUCCGGAACUUGCGGAAGAAAUGAUUCCAAGAAUUAUGGACGGAAAUUUGGAUUGUGCGAACCGUUUAAGGGAAACAGAAUUGGAAACAGAUAUGAGGGAGGGGGAAGUGAUUCCUAGUUCUGCAGAAAAAGAUGUUUAUGAUGGACCUGAGGAAGAGGUAUGUCUGGAAGAUGGGUCGAUGUCUGAUCCGGAACCUGAGAAAUGUGCGGAAGUUUUUUUGCAGGAGAAGGAAUAUCACUCGGCUGCCGAAGAUGAAGUUGUUAAGCGUAAAUAUCAAAAGAGGCAGUUUGAGAAGAUCCGUAGUUCUAGGCGGAGUGUGGUUAAAAUCCAUAGUUUCAUGCGGUUAUUGAAAUUUGAUGAGGCGAUAUCAAAUGAGACUGAUGGUGGUAAAAUCUGGGUGUUUUGGAAAAAUGAAUUGGAUGUGCAGGCGGUUCGCAUGAGUUCGCAGUUUGUGUCAUUAUGUAUUACCGAAGGAAGUAAUCAUUUCUUGGGUAAUUUUAUUUAUGCAAAGUGUAAUAGGCUUGAACGUCAGCUGUUUUGGGAGGAGUUGAAUUCGGAUAGAAUGGGUGUGGAGCCGUGUUUGUUUGCUGGGGAUUUCAAUGUAAUUCGGUCGGAUAUUGAGAGGUGUGGUGGGCGUCCGAGGAAUAGAGUUGCAAUUGAUGAGUUUAAUAGAUGGAUUCAUCAGGGUGGGUUGUUGGAAAUGAAUUCACAAGGUGGUAAGUUUACAUGGUGUAAUGGUCAGCAAGGGUUAUCUAGAGCUUGGGCAAAGUUGGAUAGAGUUUUACUUGAUGCAAAUUUUCUGUCUCUUUUUCCGACUGCUCAUUGUUUGUAUCUUCCUAGGACUACAUCAGACCAUUGUCCUAUGGUUAUAGAAUUUUUAAAUGAUCCUUUCUCUUAUGGUCCACCUCCAUUUCGUUUUCAGCAAAUGUGGGUUGAGCAUCCGGAUUUUAUGACUUUUGUUCAAAAUGUUUGGUCUGAAUCGGUUAUAGGUUCGGGCCUUUUUAAAUUAGCUACUAAACUUAAAAAACUUAAGGUGGCGUUGCGUGUAUGGAACAAGAGUGUAUUUGGGAGAACUAAUAAUCAGAUUGCUAUUCUUGAAGAUAAGAUUGAGAAUCUGGAAAAUUUGUUGCAGAGAGGUUGGGAUGAUGAUAUUGAAAGGGAAUUAGUGAGGAGUUCUAAUGAGUUGUCUUCUUGGAGGCUUAGAGAGGAUAUUAGAUUGGCACAAAUGGCUAAAAUUAAGUGGAGAAUGGAUGGUGAUAGGAAUACAAAAUUCUUUCAUGUGUGGUUAUCUAAUAAAAAGCAUAGGAAAAUUCAUCAGUUGAGAACUUCGAAUGGGUUGGAGUUUAAUUCUCCGGAAGAAAUUCAUCUUGGAGCUAUUGAUUAUUUUUCUGAGUUUCUUCAAAGAUCUAAUCCGGUUAGGGAGGUGCCUGAUUUAUCUAGUUUAAUUUCGUCGGUUAUUAAUGAUGAGGAUUGUGUCCGGCUUUGUGGGAUCCCUUCGUUGGUUGAAGUGAAAGAGGCUCUAUCAACUAUUCCUAUUAAUAAUGGGAGUAGUCUGGGUAAUCCUGGUUGUUCAGGGGUGGGCGGUAUCAUUAGGAAUGAUCGUGGUCUUAUGGUUUAUGCUUUUAAUUCUUCUAUUGGUAUCGGUACAAGUAAUAGAGCGGAGUUGUUAGGUGUUCUUCAGGGGCUCAAGGGCAUUGUGGAAAAGAUAUUAAAAUUAUAUGGGUAUUAUUGGAAGUACCUAAUGCCAGCAGCAAAAGAAUUGUGCACUGCAGGCUGGCUCAAAACGCGAGAGAUGUGGAAUGAAACGCUGGAGCUGGAACGAAGCAGACUCACGUGGGCUGGGCUGCAGUGGAAUGAAACGCUGGGGCCGAACUCGAAACGCACAGUUGCGGACAUGAAAUGCAAUGGCAGAUUAAAACGCACAGCAGCAGGAGAUGCGGACGAAGUGAAACACGGACGCACGCACGCAUGA